AUGAUGAGUGCGCUUUGUGAGUAUUUGCGUGAGUGAGUGAGCGUCGCUAUGGAUGGACGUGAGCGUGAGUGUGAAUGUCAAGGUGUGAGCGAGUGUGAGCGAGUGUGAAUUCCCGGCACCGUUGCGAGAUUGGACCCAGAGCGCCACCACCACCACCAGCAGCAGCUAAAGACCCGACAUCGAACCGGACUCUCCAGCGCCAUGGUGCUGGAAUUGAACUCGAGUUUCACCGCCGCAGCCGCCUCCUCCUCCUCCGUCGCUGCCUCCCUCAUCCCGUCGCGUCCCUCCAACCCCGGCGGCUACCCGGCGGCCGACCCGGCCAACGCGACGUCCGAGGCCGGCCGGGGCCCCGCUUGCCCCGACCAGGUGCUGCUGUACGGCCUGGCCGCGCGCGUCCUCAUCGGCCUCGUGCUCGCCACGAUCACUGCGCUCACCAUCGCGGGCAACCUCCUCGUCAUCCUCUCGGUGUGCGCCGUCAAGAAGCUGCGGCAGCCCUCCAACUACCUGCUCGUCUCGCUGGCGGCCGCCGACCUCUCCGUGGCCUUCGCCGUGAUGCCCUUCGUCCUCGUCACCGACCUCGUGGGCGGCGAGUGGAUGUUCGGCCGCGCCUUCUGCAACGUGUUCAUCGCGCUCGACGUCACGUGCUGCACGGCGUCCAUCCUCACGCUGUGCGUCAUCAGCGUGGACAGGUACCUAGGGAUCACGCGGCCGCUCACCUACCCGGUCCGGCAGGACGGGCGGCUCAUGGCUAAGAUGGUGCUGGGCGUGUGGCUCCUCUCCGCCUCCAUCACCCUGCCGCCGCUCUUCGGCUGGGCGCAGAACGUACGGGGCGAGCGCGUGUGCCUCAUCAGCCAGGACCUGGGCUACACCUUCUACUCCACCGCCGUUGCAUUCUACCUCCCCACCGCCGUCAUGCUCGUCAUGUACUACCGCAUCUACCGCGCGGCGCGCAUCAGCGCCAAGCGCCACCGCAUGGGGCUGCCGGCCCCGCCGCCGCGCUCGCCGCCGCCGCAGCCGCCGCCGCAGCAGCCGCAGCAGCAGCCACAGCCGCCGUCGUCCUUCUCAGCGCCCCGCGUCGGCUCCCCGCCUGCUACGCCGCCCCCGGCCGAGCGGCCCGGGCGCGGGGACUCGAGCGGCAGGCACCCCGAUGACGGCGACGUGGAGGCGUGGAGCGGCGAUGUCCGGGACCCCCCCCACGGGGUCUGCAUGUCCCUCAACGGGGACCACCUCAAGCGGCCACGCAGGGAGGAGGAUUGCGCCACGCUGUCUCGCUUGCUGCGCAGCGACGGGCGCAACAUCUCCAUCUUCAAGCGCGAGCAGAAGGCGGCGCGCACCCUCGGCGUCAUCCUGGGUGCCUACACCCUCUGCUGGCUGCCCUUCUUCACGCUCUCCACGGCGCGGCCCUUCAUCUGCCGCUCGUCCUUCUCCUCCGUGCCCAACGCCUCGGGCGCGACGGGCGACGGCCUCGGAGUCGGGGCGAGCGGCGGCGGCGGCUUCGGCGCGCACGGCGACUCGGACGGCCGCUUUCGGCUCAUCGCCGCUUCGGCGGGGGUCGAGCUGGGCGCCGAUCCGAGCCUGGUGGACGCGGUGUGCAGCUGCGUGCCGCUCAGCCUGGAGCGCACCUUCCUGUGGCUCGGCUACGCCAACUCGCUCGUGAACCCCCUCAUCUACGCCUCCUUCAACCGCGACCUCCGCACGGCGUUCCGCAGCGUGCUGCGCUGCCGCUACCGCAACAUCAAUCGCCGCCUGUCGGCCGAGGGCAUCCACGAGGCCCUGCGGGUGGCCGAGAGGCCUCACUUCCUGCUGUGAGGGUGAGGGGGGCCCCUGCCUCGAACGCUCCCGACCGCUCGGUCUGGACAGAAAUUUUCCCCCCCCCUACACCUUCCACCCCAGCCCUACCCCCCCAAGCCCUACCCCCCCUACACCCAGCCCCCCCCCCCCCAACCGUACCUCCCGCUGGUGAGCAGGGAGCCAAGCCAGUUACCUCGUGCUGCACAGGAGCAGCUGCCCCUGGGGUGUCCCCCCCCCUCCACCUCUUUCAAAUGUGUUGAGAAGAGAUGCGAUGUAAGUGGCCUACCGUGGUGUGAGAGCGCUUUGAGACGUCCCCCCGGCAAAAGCAACAAAUAAAACGACUACAGCGGGCACCUCCGAUUAUCACGGUUGGCAAGGUACCGUGCGAAAGAAGUUCAACAUGCUGUACAUACAUCCUUAAAAAAAAAACACUGACUUGGAACCAGAACAAUAUUGCACGAGUGAAAGGUCGGGAAAGGUGCAGCCCCGCAAGCGUCUCGCUCACGCCACUGCCGCUGGAAGGGGCCCUGCAGUAGAGGACGCUCCAGAGAGUCGCUCUGCUCUAGAGCGCGCCCGCUCGUUCCACUCUCCCACACGGGGCAGACGAUGCCAUGGAAGGACGAGGAGAUGACCAAUACCUAUAGCCGCCAUUCGCCACUCAGUCAAGGGACUGGACCCAGGUUGCCAUGGGUUGGCCGACUGAGAUGACUGACAGAUGCACACCAGCUGUGCCCCCUGCCGUGCCAACUUGCUGUGCUUUAGCCGCACGGUGCUCCGCUCGUUGUUGUGAGCGUCGCUCCUCUGCCCUCCGUCGUUGUUGGAGAGCGAACUGCCUCCAACUUCCCAGUCGCGUCCUUCACGAGCCUCCUCCUCCAUCGAGGUGAUCACCCCACGCUUUACGGCAACACCACAACGCGACCAGUCGAUCAACUAAACCGAGGUGACCCCAUGAACAAAACUGCAACUCCGUAGCGCUGAGUGGACACAGAAACGGCUGGGCAUGUAAAAAAAAGAGCUUCAUAGCUCAUCGGAUUCCUCAAGUCUAAAUAUAGGUUUUGAUUCUGAGACGGGGGAGGUGGGAGGAGGAGAGGUGGGUUAAUACUUUCCCCGUUGUCUCAGCUGCCGCGCCAGGAGAUCGAGAUGGAGGCGAUCGGGUGACCUUUACAACCACCGCCGUGGCAUCAUCCAUGGGAAUAGUUGUGUUAAUAUAAAUAUAUAUAUAUAUCUCUGUGUACACACCGUGGUCUAUACAUUCGAGAAGAGGCGUGGCCGCGGUGUCAAGGCGCGCGACAGGGAACGAGUCUCGGCCACGCAAGCGGCGUGGCCUCGGUUGAGGUGCUUCCUCGUUUUCUGUCGUAGCCGCCGAACGGAGAGCAACGGUGAGAGGAGAUCCGACGAAGGAGAGACAAGACAGAGCUGGGUGUCACCGGUUAUCCCGACUCACGCGUGACCCUUCCUGCACGUGCCGUGUCGGCGCUGAGAAGGAGGCGAGGGAGGACGCGCGAAACGAACACGAAGAGCGGGGGAAGGAUCCAGCGCUCGCCGUGAAGCGUGAGGGCCACAGCUGGGUCAAGGUCAGGGUCACAGCUAGGUCAGGGUCAGGGCCACAGCUGGGUCAGGGCCACAGCUGGGUCAGGGUCAGGGUCACAGCUGGGUCAGGGUCACGGCUAGUGCCUGGUUGGUUGGUGCGGUCGUGGUUCAGGAUAGGGCUGAUGACCGCUUGGCAUGUGUGGCUCGGGCUGGUAUUUGGGGUUGUAUAGCGUGGUUGGGGUUAGGGGUAGGGCAGAUGUUUGAUUGGCUCGCGUCCCGCAGUCCCCUUUCCCCCACCGUUUUCCAGACAUUGCCUUGCCAGAACGUCGAGACUCACGCACGCCCACACCCACGUGUUCCACUCGCUUAUAAUUUGCCAUGCAAUAUGAACAAUGGAUUAAAUGUAGUUUUGUGUUUGCUUUUAAACACACAUGUACAUACAUAAACAAAAAAAAAGACUACGAGGGCAUGGGGAAAAUGUAUAUUUGAAUGUUUACCGUCACUUGUAUAAUUAUCCUUGUUUUCGUUUGAUACACGUAUUUAUUUUAUGAAAACUAGACUGUAGAUUUUGUCCACGUUGUAUAACGAUUCUUCUUUCGCUCGCAUUUCACGUCGGGAGGAAUUAUUCCACUUAUUCGAAUAAAAAAAAGAAUAACUAACCUC